AUGAGAAGGAAAAGAUUUCAUGAACCAAGUGAAGGUGAUCUUCUCGAGGAAGAGAAUUGGGAACUGAAAAUUUUCCAUCAUAUUAUCUCAGAAAACAAUCCUAUGACUUGGUAUACCACUAAAGAUUAUUAUUGGCAUCUGGGUGAUUACUCUGCACUGAAUCAGAAGUUCUAUAAAAUUGCUCCUCCGACUCGCAGUUGUUAUGAACUCAGCUUUGGAAAUACUAGAUAUAACACUCAGAAAGAUCUAGCCAGGAUUUUGUGAAAGUUAAAGAGAUCUGAAGUUGAUAUCUUAGAAAUAUGUCAUUCAAAUAAAAAGAGGAAGUUUCCACUGAAGCAGUUGUUUAUUCCAAGACAAAACAUUUUUGAAAAUGUUACUCUCAAGUGUAGUUUCAGUACAAUGACUUUUUCUGAGAAGAAUUUGAUCAGAGUAUUGGUUUUCCUGAGAAACACCCGAAAAGUUAAGUUCUACGAAUGCAGUCUCAAUGAAGUAUCAAAAUCGCAUUGUCCACUUCCUUAUCCGAAGAUACAAAAGUUGAUCUUCAACAACUGCCUAGAUAAUGACGGAAAUGAUCUAAAUUAUGAGAACCCUGUUGCUAUACAGAUUCUAAAGUUUGUCAAAAUCCUUGACCUGGACAAAUCCUUGCUCUCAGUAGGUUUCGAGCCAAACUUCUCCAAUUACUCUAAAGUGCUAGUGCAACAACAAGUGGAGAUCGAUCAUCAAAAGAUUCUGUAACCAUCUCAGCUCCUAAAAUAUCUUUGCACUAAAAUCCACA